CUAUAAUCGUGAAGGCAUCACAUUUGUGGUUAUUUGGCCGCAUAAAAAAGAAGCAGCUUUUUCCAUUAAUUUCGGAGGGGAAAAAAAGGGGGAAAAAAUCUGAAAAUGUCUCUGAUGAACAAUCUAUCAACUUCAAUGAUUUCUUCAUCUUCAUCUACUUACUUGGCUCCAACCAGUUUCAAUUCAAGAACCCAGAGUGUUUCAGUUCCAUUGAAAAACAUCAAUAUAGUUAAAUGUGUUGCCACUCCUCAGGAACAACAAAAUGCUUACAAAACUAAAGUUUCUCGCAAUGCGAACAUAGCUAAGCUUCAAGCUGGUUACCUGUUUCCAGAGGUUGCCAGGAGAAGGGCUGCACACUUGCUCAAGUACCCGAAUGCACAAGUGAUAAGCCUUGGAAUCGGUGAUACUACUGAACCUAUUCCAGAUGUUAUUACGUCUGCAAUGUCUAAGAGGUCUCAUGCAUUGUCUACGCUGGAGGGUUACAGUGGUUAUGGAGCUGAACAAGGUGAAAAGGCAUUGAGAGCUGCACUUGCUUCAACGUUCUAUCGCAACCUUGGCAUUGAGGAUGAUGAUAUUUUUGUCUCAGAUGGUGCUAAAUGUGACAUAUCUCGCCUUCAGGUUGUUUUUGGAUCUAGUGUCACAAUGGCAGUGCAAGACCCGUCAUACCCGGCUUACGUAGAUUCCAGCGUUAUCAUGGGUCAGACCGGACAGUUUCAAAAAGAUGUUGAGAAGUACGGAAAUAUCGAGUAUAUGAGGUGUACACCCGAGAAUGGAUUCUUUCCUGAUUUAUCCAAAGUUGCUAGAACUGAUAUCAUAUUCUUCUGUUCACCAAACAAUCCUACUGGUGCUGCUGCAACACGAGAGCAAUUGACUCGAUUGGUUAAGUUUGCGAAGGACAAUGGGUCUAUCAUAGUCUAUGAUUCUGCAUAUGCUAUGUAUAUGUCAGACGAUAACCCUCGUUCUAUCUUUGAAAUUCCCGGAGCAAAAGAGGUUGCAAUUGAAACAUCUUCUUUUAGUAAGUAUGCUGGGUUUACUGGGGUUCGUCUUGGUUGGACUGUUGUUCCAAAACAGCUUCUGUUCUCAGAUGGAUUCCCUGUUGCCAAAGACUUCAACCGUAUCAUUUGUACUUGCUUUAACGGUGCAUCUAAUAUUGCCCAAGCUGGUGGCUUGGCUUGCCUUUCACCCGAAGGGCUCGAGGCCAUGCAAGAGGUGAUCGGCUUCUAUAAAGAAAACACCAAAAUUAUAGUAGAAACAUUCAACUCGCUUGGGUUUAAAGUAUAUGGAGGAAAGAAUGCACCAUACGUGUGGGUUCACUUCCCUGGCCGUAACUCAUGGGAUGUGUUCAGCGAAAUACUCGAGAAGACCCACAUUGUUACUACGCCUGGAAGUGGUUUCGGACCUGGCGGUGAGGGUUUCAUCAGAGUCAGCGCAUUUGGUCACAGGGAGAAUGUCUUGGAAGCUUGCAGAAGAUUCAAGCAGCUUUACAAUUGAAUCUAAUAGCAUUUGACCGGUUACCUCGGUUUCAGACCGGAGACCAAAGGCCGUAUGCUUCUAUGAUUUUUGUUCUCAAUUCUGUAAUAUUGCUCGGAAUAUCUCGUCAGAUUCUAUGCUUAGAAAAGACUAGUAAUGCUUCUUAUUUAUCCUAUAACAUUCACUGAAAACUACCUUUUUAUUUAUAUAAAUAACCGCCUGUAUUCGCCAAGCAAAUAAGGAAGAAAAAUCUCGAUUUUUCCAUGGAA